AUGGAUCUAUCCAGAUUCCCGGGCCUCCACAAUCUUACGGCUGAGCCCAAAGUCCUGGAGCACUUUCCUCCGUUGAUGGUUGAUCACCACCAUGUGUUCAUCGUCAUCACAUUUUAUCUGGUCGCGGUCAAGGUCUUCGGGCCAUGGCUGAUGAACGACAGGAAACCUUUGGAACUGAAGAAGCCGAUAAUGGUUUAUAAUAUUUUUCAAAUUCUCAUGAAUACUCAUCUUUUUUAUCUUUAUAGUUUAAUCAUGGGACGCCGUGUUGUUGAUUUUUGGGGUAACGUCUGUCAUCCUGCCACUAUUGACAAUAGCUACGAUCCCAAAAUUCAAUCAAUAAUACUGGAAGCAAAUUACUAUUACUACUUAAAUAAAAUACUUGAUCUCCUCGACACAAUUUUUUUUACAUUGAGGAAAAAGCAAUCACAAAUUACAUUUCUUCAUUUAUUUCACCACACCACGAUGGUUUUCAGUACUUGGCUGACUAUUAUUCACAUCAGAGAUGAAGUUAGCGUAAUCUUUGCUGGCUUGAAUUCUGCAGUUCAUAUUGUUAUGUAUGUUUACUACUUCCUAUCAAGUCUAGGACCAGACAUGCAGAAAUAUCUGUGGUGGAAGAAAUAUAUAACUAGUCUACAAAUAGGUCAAUUUUUAAUAGCACUUAGUGUGUUGAUAAAAAUGAAACUUAUUAAUUGCAAGAACAAUAAUCAGUGGUUCUGGCUCCUAUGGACAUGUAAUCUUGGUGUUUUUCUUGCACUGUUCCUUAAUUUUUAUGUGAAGUCAUAUAUUAAGAAAAAACAAAUGUAA